AUUUAUUAACAAAUAAGAUGGCGCUGCCCAGGAGUCAAUACUUGAAAAUAAAUAAGUAUAUUAUUAUUCGAUUUCUAACUACGACAAUUCCGAGUUAUGAUUCGAAUCAGAUUAGUAAACAGGGGAGAAUUAUGCAAAAGCUUCUGUCUAGAGGAAAUCAAAGGAAAGGAACAUUUUCACCAGCAAUGACCAAUAAACCAGUGAAUGGCCUUAUAAACACUAAAAGAAUAGCAGCUUUAAAUAAUCUAUUUAUAGAACACAUUACAGAUGUUAUGUCUACUGGAGAAAUUGGUUCAAAUUUAAGAGGUUAUGAUAUUGAAAUAACUUAUGUUAAAGUUUCUUCUGACUUUUCGACAGCAAAUGUGUAUUGGACAUUGCCAUCUUCUAACUUUAAUUAUAUUGAUAAGGUGGCAGAAUUAUUAGAAAUAAAUGCUAAAAGAAUUAGAGCAGAAAUCUGUCGAAUGAAUCUUCUAGGGAUAGUCCCACACAUACAGUUUGUUAAAGAUAACAAUGCAACUAAAAUUGCAGAACUGGAAAGACUUUUAUCAAUUGCAGAUUUUGGUCCUGAUUAUGUUCCAGUAAACAGCAGUAAAUUAUUGAUUGAGAAACAAAAUCUUCAAUAUAAAAUUCACGAAGAUGAUCAACAAGACCAAAUUAUGAAUAGUUUAUCCAAUGAAAAAGAAUCAACUCAAAGUAAACAUUUUUAUGAUUUUCCUUUGGAUAUGCAAAUGGAUAUUUUUGGAUUAGAUCAUAAAAGAAUAAUGAAAAACUUGAUGCAAAAAUUGAAAAAGGGCAAAGAUUGUAAUACAACAAUAAAUGAUGAGUGCAACAUCAAUACAGAUAAUACUGAAGUCACAUAUGAAUGUAAUAAAUCUACAAAUAUAGAUGACUUUAUAAAAAUUAAAAAGAAGCUUUUAAUCAAAAAUCAAAAAUCCGUAUUUAAUGAUGACAGUGAAACAUUAAAGGUAGAUGUAAAUGACAUUGAGGCACAAAAUCAUAAUUAUGGUAAUGAUGAUGACAUUGAUGCAGGUGAUGAUGAUAAUGAAAUGAUGCUUAAAGACUCUGCACUUUUAUAUGACACAUCAAUAGGAGAAAAUUAUGAUGAUGAUACAACAAAUGAUAGGCAUUAUUUUCCGAAAACUGAAUUUCCUGACAAUACAUAAAUGAAUUUAAUUUGAUUAAUUUUAUUGAAUAAAAACUGUUAAUUUCAUAAAAGAAUUUUGUAAAUAUUUUUCCAAUCAAGACAUGAUUUAUCAGUACUGAAAUGUUUAAGUAAACAAGAAAAAGGUUUGUUGAAAAGUCUGUAUUUUUAUUAAUUAGAUAUAAAAAUUGUAUUAAAUUGUACAGUUGUGUUAAAUUAAUAACAAUAAUGUAAAAUAAAAAUUGAAUUUUUAUUCCGUUAGUAUGUAAAUUUUAUAAGGUGAAAUAAAUGACAA